ACUACGAUUCCAGCUACGACGUCGUGGGCUAAGCGAAGAGAAGCUAGGCGAAUUAAGCAAGAAGAGAGCGAGCGAGAGAGAGCAAAAUAAGUUCCGUGCGCGCGUGUCGACGAUGAGCACGGCGGCGCGUUCGACGGCGGGCCGGCGUGGGUUCACGGUGGGGCGCAGCGAGGACGCGACGCACCCGGACACCAUCCGCGCCGCCAUCUCCGAGUUCCUCGCCACCGCCAUCUUCGUCUUCGCCGCCGAGGGCUCCAUCCUCUCGCUCGGGAAGCUGUACCAUGACAUGAGCACGGCGGGCGGCCUGGUGGCGGUGGCCCUGGCGCACGCGCUGGCCCUGGCCGUGGCGGUGUCCGUGGCCGUCAACAUCUCCGGGGGGCACGUGAACCCCGCCAUCACCUUCGGCGCCCUCCUGGGCGGCCGCAUCACCCUCGUCCGCGCCCUCUUCUACUGGGUCGCCCAGCUCCUCGGCGCCAUCGUCGCCUCCCUCCUCCUCCGCCUCACCACCGGAGGCAUGCGGCCGCCAGGGUUCUCGCUGGCGGCAGGCGUGCGGGACUGGCACGCGGUGCUGCUGGAAGCGGUGAUGACGUUCGGCCUCAUGUACGCCUACUACGCGACGGUGAUGGACCCGAAGCGGGGGAGCGUGGGCACGAUCGGCCCGCUCGCCGUGGGCUUCCUGCUCGGGGCUAACAUGCUCGCCGGUGGCCCGUUCGACGGCGCCGGGAUGAACCCGGCCCGCGUCUUCGGGCCGGCGCUCGUGGGCUGGCGAUGGGGCCACCACUGGGUCUACUGGGUCGGCCCGUUCCUCGGGGCCGGCAUCGCAGGGCUGCUCUACGAGUACCUCGUCAUCCCGGCCUCCGAGACCGCCGCCGCCCACACGCACCAGCCCCUCGCGCCCGAGGACUACUAGACGCUGCUGUUCGCCUUGAAAUUCCAAACCCAGAUGCUACAAUAAUACAGUACUGCUUAAUAUAUUUCCAUGUAUGUAUAAGAGUGUGUGAAGUGGUUAAUAAGGAGGGGAGCUGCUGUUUGCGCCCGGUUGUGUGUACUUUCCUUUGGUUACUUGAUGGCCGAUGGUCAGCAACGUACAUACCCGUCGUGUAAUAAGUACUUCAAAUCAUUUGCGAAAUGAGUACCCAGACGUCAUAUAGGAGUA